GUCUCUCUCUCUCCCCCUCUUCUUUCUCUCUCUGCGCAAGCACGGAAGCACCUGGCAGCUGAGCAUGUCCUGUCACGGAAGCUGCUGCCCGUGCCCGGGCACAUGCUACCCGGCCGGAGCUAUUAACCCGCCCGAGCCAUGCGCUCCGGCGCCCACCGCGCCCUGACGCCGCCAUGCUCGGCGCACCCCGCCACGACGGCGACGCCGCGGCGCGCGCGCGCGAGCAGGACCAGAGGCAGGACGCCGCCGCCGCCGCCGGACCCUCCUCGCUUAGAGGGCUCGUGCUCGCGUGCGCCGGCCUCCUCCACCGGGGCGACGUCGACGGCGCCCGGCGCGCGGCGGCCGAGGUCCUGUCCACCGCCGACCCGCGGGGCGACGCGGCCGACCGCCUCGCGCACCACUUCGCCCGCGCGCUCGCCCGCCGCGUGGACGGCGACAGGGCCGGCGGGGAGGACGUCGCCGCGCCCUCGGGCGGAGCGGCUUCUUCUUCGGCCCCCGGGGCGCCGUCGGCGACGGCGUACCUGGCGUACAACCAGAUCGCGCCAUUCCUGCGGUUCGCGCACCUGACGGCGAACCAGGCGAUCCUGGAUGCUGCCGCUAGCGGCGGCGCGCGGCGCUUGCACAUCGUCGACCUCGACGCCGCGCACGGCGUGCAGUGGCCGCCGCUCCUCCAGGCCAUCGCCGACCGCGCGGACCCUGAUCUCGGCCCGCCCGAGGUCCGGAUCACGGGCGCUGGCCCCGACCGCGACGUGCUCCUCCGCACCGGCGACCGUCUCCGCGCCUUCGCCGGCUCCCUCAACCUCCCAUUCCGCUUCCACCCUCUCCUCCUCCCCUGCACCACGCAGCUCGCCGCUGACCCGGUCACGGAGCUGGAGCUGCACCCGGACGAGACGCUGGCCGUCAACUGCGUGCUGUUCUUGCACAAGCUCGGCAGCGACGGCGAGAUCGCGGCGUUCCUGAACUGGGUCAAAUCCAUGAACCCCUCCGUGGUGACCCUCGCCGAGAGGGAAGCGGGCAUCGGCAGCAACUGCCCGGCGGAGGACCUACACCGGGGGGUGGCCGCAGCGAUGGACUACUACUCGGCGGUGUUCGAUGCCCUGGAGGCGACGGCGCCGCCGGGCAGCGCUGACCGUCUCGCGGUCGAGCAGGAGGUCCUCGGCCAGGAGAUCGACGCGGUGGUGGCGCCGGGACACGCUGGCCGGCGAGCCCGAGGGUUCGAUUCCUGGGCCACCGCCGCUCGCGCUGCUGGCCUCUCGCCGCGGCCGCUGAGCGCGUUCGCGGUGUCGCAGGCACGGCUGCUGCUGCGGCUGCACUACCCGUCGGAGGGGUACGUCGCCGAGGAGGCCCGCGGUGCGUGCUUCCUCGGCUGGCAGACGCGGCCGCUCAUGUCGGUUUCGUCUUGGCAGUAGAUCGAUCAAGAGGAGGCCAGUGAUAGAUGUUCGACCUCGGCAGGGUGCACCUGCUCCAUAUCCAUGGCUUCUCGCUCGCUAGCUAAUUAUGCAGGCCACCUGCACAACCGCAUUGCCACCAUCAAUGGUACUUGAGCGAGCUGGUGAUCUCGUGGUUGAAGAGAUGGCUUUAGUGAGUGGGUUUUGAGGGAAGAAGAAGACCGCGCAUGCAAGCGUCCAUGCAAAAAGGAUCUGGCUGGGGGAAAAAGAAACAUGGUUCUAGGUAAAGCUAGUUGCUUUGCUUCCUUUCUCAAGCUUGGGCUAUGGCGGCAGCUCAAUCUUGGAGGGCUACUACUACUUUUGGUGUACUGCAAUGGACGAAGGAGGAAGAAGAUGCUGUGGAUGUGCGUAAAGGACACGUUGCAUGGGAACGCACCAUUGGGAGAUCCAUGCGAGGAUCUUUGGCAUAAUUCAAUUGCUCAACUUGGAAUUUACAGAGCUGCAUGCCUGCAUUAACUGACGACGAACAGCAGUGCGUGGCGUACGCCCUGGUGGAAGAACUAAAGGACAGAGGAAUGUGAUGACACUUUUGCUUGCCAACCCUCGGAAGAAGCAGGCUACAAGUGGCUUCUGGUAGGCUGCAGCAGCGUAUGCUUGCGGAUGAGUCUCCUCUGCAGUACGUACUACAGGAAGACUCUCCCACUGACCUGUAGCCCCCUGAACCAUGGGGCCCGCAGGUCAGUGGCACCGAGUCCCUCUGCAGUACUGCAGAGGAACCGGUUCCGUAUGCUUGCAUUGGCACAACGCUUUUCCUCUCCCAAUGAUUUGGCAUGUCAUGCACACAGUGUGCGUGAUGGUGGCCUGGCCACACGGCGUACAUGGAUGCAAGCAUGGCUCGAAUGUUUGGGCAUGCUCUGUAUAUGUGCAGCAAAUAUCAUCGUGCAAUUUUUUUUU